AGUAUAUGUUGCUAACAAUUUUCUGCAGCUGGCAAACUGAAAAUUUUUCAUUCAUUUAUUGAAAAAGCACUGUUUUCAAAAUAAAAGUAGUGCUAAAUAUAGUAUAAGUUCUUGCUCAAAAAGUGUAGACCAUAACUAUCAUAAUUCUGUCAAGUUUCAUCAAGCUUUAAAUUAUAAAUACAUUCGGCCCUGUGGAUUUUAUUGAUUUUUUGAAUUUUCUAUUGAAAAAUGGAUAAAAGAAAGUUAUCCACAUCGGGCGAUUCAUUAUAUCAAAUUCUUGGCCUGCCUAAGACAUCGACUCCUGAUGACAUUAAAAAAACCUACAGAAAGCUAGCUCUUAAGUACCAUCCAGAUAAAAACCCGGAUAAUCCUGAGGCUGUCGAUAAAUUCAAAGAAGUCAAUCGAGCUCAUAGUAUUUUAAGUGAUGAAACGAAACGAAAUAUCUAUGAUAAUUAUGGUUCGCUGGGCUUAUACAUCGCUGAACAAUUUGGAGAGGAGAAUGUAAAUGCAUACUUUGUCGUCACAUCACCAACAUGCAAAAGAGCUGGUGGAGCAAGAAGUCGGGAGGAUUUAAAUGACGGUGAUGAUCCAGUUACAUCACAACCGAAUGCUGGUCAAGCGACAUCAAACAUGCCAGUCUUUGCCAUGCCACCACCAUCGGCCACAAAUCCUUUCGCCAAUGAAACAUCGAAUUUGAAUCAAGGUGGAACGAGAACUUACACACCAGGUGAACGAUACUAAAAGAAAAUAUUUUCUCAUGUUAUUCAUCACUCUUCUAAUUCUGUUGUUUAUUAUUGGUCACCAUUUCCAAUGAUUUUACUCGCCGAAAGCAUGAACUAAAGUUUUAUGACAACCCUCGAUCACCAAAUAUUUGAAACAAGAUAGAUAUGCAAAUAUGUAUCAACUUUCUUUCCAUUCUUUUCUUCGUUAUCAUCAAAAUAUUUUGUCAAAUUAAGCUAAAAAUGAAAAGAUCUAUUUAAGCUUGUUCCACAGGAGAAAGUAAAGAAACAAACAAAUACUUAUGUCCCGAAAACUAUUUUUUUCUCUUGACAUAAUCAUUAGAAAUUUAUGAUAACACGAUUACACUUCAAAACUUGAAUGUAAUGUAAGACGAUGGAAAUAGGUAUUUCUGGUCUGUUUAAAGGUUGAACUCAAUUACACUAAUUAUAAAAAAAAAUCUUAUGGAAAUAUUCGUAAAUUAUUGGACAAAAUUUGGAUGUGGAAAGAAGAUAUCUAACUGGAGUUUUUUUUCUUUAAUGAUUCAGAUAAAGAUCAGUAUUUGAAGAUAAGAUAAAUGUCAAUUUCAUGACAACGAAUACUGAUCAUCAAUGUUUUAGUCAUAUGUACUCUCGUGACAUUAUCUCUAACAGCGUGAGAAACAACAGAAGAAAAAUAAAAAUCCAAUUGUAUUCACAGACUAUAUAUAAAUACAAACUUUCAAUAACAGAAGAUUAAAUAUUUAGAAGGUAUUGCAAAACAGUUUGAUCGAAUAUCUAGAUACCAUAAAGGAAAAAAAGAAAAAUAAAUUAUCUAAGUGUUUGACUCUUAUAAUGAAGAAAAUAUGCAUACAUACAUACAUAUAAAAAUUUAAAUAUAAAAGAAAGUUUAUAAUCGACUUAGAUAUUUAAGACGACAGUUCACCAUGAAACAAAGUAAAAAAUCAUCUUUAUCAUGUUAUUUUGAAUUUCAUGAAUGUUGAGAUAGCAAAAGUCUUCUUCGUUGGUUUUAGUUUCCCAUCGUUGUAAUGUCAGGAAACGCUUAUGUUGAGAAUGUGCUUGACAAGCAUCUAGUAAAAAAAAGACUUCUAUGAUAUUGAAUUUGUUUGAAAUGUUAAAAUAAUUAAAUAAAAUAUUUCUGCUUCUCUUCGCUCCCAAUUUUCCUUCCGACAAUACAUAUUAAAACAUCUGAAAAUUUCCAUAGCAAAUCUUUUGACUUAAAUUAAAAUUAUUGCAAAAUUAAUUAUAAGAGAAGAAAACAAAAAUA